AUGGCCCUCGUAGGGGACGGUAUCCGCACGAUCACAGAAUUGUGUGCAUCUAAGUUGACGAAACAAAACGCACAAAGUAUUGCUGAUUGUUUAUCAGCAGUGGAAGAUCCGAAGUGGAUUCCUAAGGAAGGGGAAACACUACCACUUCAAUGGAAACAUAAUCUCGGGUUGGGCGCUACGGCAAAGUUGGUCGAAAAGGGCACGAGUUUAUGGGAAAAAAUUUCUCGACUCGCCACUGAGGCAACGAACGCGAUUGGAAUUGAUUUCUGCAGUGUUGAUAUUGUUGAACUUGGGAAUUCAGAUUUGAGGAUAUUGGAAGUUAAUUGUGGUGUGAUGAUGGAUAAUUUCCUGAAUCAGGAUGAUGGAGAACAUAGGGCGAUUGCGAAGAAAAUAUAUCGAGACGCGUUGCUGCUAGCUCUUUCGCGGCAACCCGGGGUAUGA